CAUCCGGAGGAUCUGAAGGCAGCACUGGGCGGGGCAUGCCGAUCACGUGACAGGCAGGGUGCUCUGAUGACCCUGAUAACAACAUGCAGCAGGUCUGACAGUCGGGCUCAGUGUGUCGGCGGAAGGCGCAUCACAUCCAUCAGGUCAUCAUGCAGACUGACAUGAAGACGCCCUUGUUGGUCAGUUCUGCGUCUGAUGCCUCAGAGCCGCUGCCCCGGGGCCCCCCGGGCCCCCCGGCCUCCCCGGGCCCCCCGGCCUCCCCGGGCCCUGUGAUCGGCAUCAUCGGCUCCGGAGACUUUUCCCGCUCCCUGGCCAUCCGGCUGGUGGCCUGUGGUUUCAGGGUGGUGGUGGGCAGCCGCGACCCGAACCGCGUGUCCAGGCGUCUGUUUCCAGACGGGGUGGAGCUGCGGUCACAGCGGGAGGCGGCGGGCCGUGCAGACAGGGUGGUGUUCGCCGCAGUCCACCCAGAGCACUACGGCACCCUGGUGGGCCUGAGGGAGCCGCUGGCCGGGAAGGUGCUGGUGGACGUCAGCAGCGCCGCCGGGCUGCACAGUGCGGAGCGCUCGAACGCAGAGAGGCUGGCGCAGCUUUUCCCACACAGCCACGUAGUGAAGGGGUUCAACGUGGUCUCUGCUUGGGCUCUGCAGGCCGGAGCCCACGAUGGGAACCGGCAGGUCCUGAUGUGCAGCGACUGCUCCGACUCGAAAGCCACGCUGCUCCAGCUCGCCCGUCGCCUGGGCUUCAGCCCCGUCGAUAUGGGGGGUCUGUGUGCAUCCAGAGACAUCGAGGAGGCCCCGCUCCUUCUCUUCCCCUCCUGGGGAGGCCCCAUGUUGGCCACUUUCCUCCUCUUCCUCUUCUUCUAUGGUUACAGCUUCCUGAGGAACAUGCUGCUGCCCUACCUCGAUCGAGGAGAGAACACUUUCUACCAGCUGCCCCUGGUGACGGUGAACGAGACGCUGCCGGCGGUCGCCCUGGUUACGCUGGCUCUGGUCUACCUGCCAGGUGUGAUGGCGGCUUUGGUCCAGCUGGCCAGAGGCACCAAAUACAAGAGGUUCCCUCGCUGGCUGGACGUCUGGCUGUGCAAGCGGAAGCAGCUGGGCCUGCUGAGCUUCCUGUGCGCUGUGCUUCACGCUGUGUACAGCAUGUGUCUGACGCUGAGGAAGGCUGCGGGCUACACGCUGCUGAACGCAGCUUACCGCCAGGUGAAAGCUGGGGUUGAGAACUCCUGGGUGGAGCCGAUGGUGUGGAGGUCCGACCUUUAUCUGUCCUGUGGGAUUCUGGGAUUUGGAGUCCUGGCUCUGCUGGCUCUCACCUCACUGCCCUCUGUGGGAAACACCCUCAACUGGAGGGAGUUUACAUUCGUUCAGUCAGGACUCGGUUAUGCUGCCUUAAGCCUCUCCGUCAUGCACACGCUCUUCUUCGGCUGGGACUUCGCCUUCCUGCCUGCGGCCUACCCUUAUUACCUGCCACCGGUGUACCUGCUGGCCCUCAUCCUGCCCUGCGUGGUCCUGGUUGGGCGGAUCCUUUUGGCUCUGCCGUGUCUGACAUUAAGGCUAACAAAGAUCCGCAGGGGCUGGGAGAGCACAAGACACCAGGAGCCAAGUGAGGCGGAUCCUCCUGCACAAUAUGGCGACAUCUAGAGCUCCACAUGGUGAGGGAAAGAAAUCCGUCUCUCUGUGAGAGUCUCAACUUAGCUGCUCCUUCACAGACUGCAGCCAGCACUGAUGACUUUUAAAGGAGUUUUUUAAGUUUCAUUUUUAGGAAAUCAUUUUGUAAUUAAUAGUAAUAAUACUUAUGAAGGACUGUUAACGUGUGGUGUUGAAUGUUCACUUCUUGAAACAGUGUAAACAACUUCAGAUUUUCACUGAAGGUUGUUUGCAACUUAAUGUUUGGUGGUCCGAGAGGUGGUGAAGAAGGAAAAGACCCGAACAUGAUCAUCAUUAUGACAGGCAAACCAACAGAGGAACACAGCCGUUCAGUCCUGCACGUUCUGAGAGGAUUAAGAAGAAAGACACCCGUGGAACAGAAUUACACUUUUGUAUGUGGGUACUUUGAAUCACGAUGGGUGAGAAAUGUUUAUUAAAGGGAUGUGAAUGUCUGCAUAACGGAGCAAAUAACGUGUGAGAGUGUGUGUAUACGUGUGUGUAUACGUGUGUGUAUUUGUACAUGUUUGCUAACCUUUGCCCCAUAUUGCACUCUUUGAUGUAAAACAAUAACAGGAAGUAAAUGGUUUCAGU